UCCCUGAUGUUUGAGUCUGAGUGAGUUCAUUUCUUCCCUUCUUCGUGAUGGGAGCCACCCCCUCACCCCUGAUCUUUAAAAACCACUUCAUCUCCCUGAUACAUCUUUCCUUGGUGCCUUUGGACCCUCGGCGUACGGCCUGGAGUCUGAAUGUGCGGCUGGCUGGUCCAGUAUCCAGUAGGCAUCGUCCAACUCCGUGGUGCCAUGCUUUGUGCCUUGGUAGAGACUGAGGUCCAAAGGCUGCUGUGGACUUGGCUCUUUCAGUCAGGUGGUCGUGAUGUUCCCGGGUGGUCAGGACAGGAGGUUGGCGUCACGGUGUAACAGGGCAGCGAUCGAGGUCAGUACCACGAUACUAGGUUUGGAGAAAAGAAAGAAGCCUUAUUGCAAAUUGAUUGGCAAGUUUGCCUCCUAGAAAACUCAAAUCUGUCUCCCUGGCUAAGAAAAAGAAUGAGCUUAUUUAGGUUUUGGAAAGCAGAAUUGAGAAUAAAGGAGUUGGUCAAAGGGUAGUUAUGCAGGGGGGAGUAUUUUUCAGUCAGCUGGAGUUUGGAUUCCUGGUGAUGGGCCCCUCACCUCUGGGGAGCACCCCCUCCUCGGCAUUUGUAUUUCCAGCUCCAGCUGGUGUUGGAAUUCAGCUCAAGAUAUUAUAUAACCUGCUUUCAUCAUGGGAGAAAUAGAGCAGAAGCCAACUCCGGGAGCAAGACUGGGGGCCCCGGAAAAUUCGGGGAUCAGUACCUUGGAACAUGGACAGAAGCCGCCCCCAACACCUUCAGGGAAACUCAUGUCCAUCAAAAUCCAGAUGCUGGAUGACACCCAGGAGGCUUUUGAAGUUCCACAAAGAGCUCCAGGAAAAGUGUUGCUGGAUGCGGUUUGCAACCACCUCAACCUCGUGGAGGGGGACUAUUUUGGCCUCGAGUUUCCUGACCACAAGAAGAUCACGGUGUGGCUGGAUCUCUUAAAACCUAUUGUCAAGCAGAUUAGAAGGCCAAAGCAUGUUGUUGUUAAGUUUGUGGUGAAGUUCUUUCCACCUGACCAUACACAACUCCAAGAAGAGCUCACCAGGUACCUGUUUGCUCUUCAGGUGAAGCAGGACCUGGCUCAGGGCCGGCUGACGUGUAACGACACCAGCGCUGCUCUUUUGAUCUCGCACAUUGUACAGUCUGAGAUUGGGGAUUUUGAUGAAGCAUCUGACAGAGAGCACUUAGCAAAAAAUAAGUAUGUACCUCAGCAAGACGCUCUAGAAGACAAAAUCGUGGAAUUUCACCAUAACCACAUUGGACAAACACCAGCAGAAUCGGAUUUCCAGCUCCUGGAGAUUGCCCGCCGGCUGGAGAUGUACGGGAUCCGGUUGCACCCGGCCAAGGACAGGGAAGGCACUAAGAUCAACCUGGCCGUUGCCAACACUGGGAUUCUAGUCUUUCAGGGUUUCACUAAGAUUAACGCCUUCAACUGGGCCAAGGUGCGGAAGCUGAGCUUCAAGAGAAAGCGCUUUCUCAUCAAGCUGCGCCCGGAUGCAAAUAGCUCGUACCAGGAUACCUUGGAAUUCCUCAUGGCCAGUCGAGACUUGUGCAAGUCCUUCUGGAAGAUCUGUGUUGAACAUCAUGCUUUUUUUAGACUGUUUGAAGAACCCAAACCCAAACCAAAGCCCGUCCUCUUCAGUCGAGGGUCAUCGUUCCGAUUCAGUGGCCGGACCCAGAAGCAGGUUCUCGACUACGUUAAAGAAGGAGGACAUAAGAAAGUGCAGUUUGAAAGGAAACACAGCAAGAUCCACUCCAUCCGAAGCCUGGCAGCGCAGCCUAUGGAGCUGAACUCAGAAGUGCCAAAGCAAGCCCUGCAGCGCGCCAGCCCCACACUCCGAGACGGAGCCGAGUCCCCGGGGGGCCAGAGCGGCCGGCGGGCCACGGAGCUGCACGUGUCCCAGGACCAGGGCGGGCCGCCCGCCAGCCCCGCUGCACGCCACAGCCCAGGGGGUAACAAGACGGCCGACGGAGCCGCCCCGGCCACGACGGAGGAAGAGGAGGAGGUCGUUAAGGAUAGGACCCAGCAGAGUAAAGCUCAGCCCCCGCAGCCAAGCACAGGCUCCCAGACCGGUAGUCCUCACCUUUCAGAGCUGUCCAUCAACUCGCAGGGAGGAGCUCUGCCCCCCCACGUCAUCCUGUCUCCCAACCUGAGCCCCGACACCAAGCAGGCGUCGCCCCUGGUCAGCCCGCUGCUGAACGACCAGGCGUGCCCCCGGACGGACGACGAGGAGGAGGGCCGCCGCAAGAGAUUCCCCACGGACAAGGCGUACUUCAUCGCCAAGGAGGUGUCCACCACCGAGAGGACUUACCUGAAGGACCUUGAAGUUAUCACCUCGUGGUUCCAAAGCACAGUGAGCAAAGAGGACUCCAUGCCCGAAACUUUGAAGAGUCUCAUAUUCCCGAAUUUUGAACCUUUGCACAAAUUUCAUACAAAUUUUCUCAAGGAAAUCGAGCAGCGACUAGCCAUGUGGGAAGGCCGAUCCAAUGCCCAGCUCAAAGAUUACCAAAGAAUCGGGGACGUCAUGCUGAAAAACAUCCAGGGCAUGAAGCCACUGGUGGCUCACCUGUGGAAGCACAGCGAGGCCUUGGAGGUGCUGGAGACCAGCAUCCGGAGCUCGCGGCGGCUGGAGAACGUGUGCAGGGACUUCGAGCUGCAGAAGGUGUGCUACCUGCCGCUCAACACCUUCCUCCUGCGCCCGCUGCACCGGCUCAUGCACUACAAGCAGGUGCUGGAGCGGCUGUGCAAGCACCAGGUGCCCAGCCAGGCCGACUUCCGGGACUGCCGAGCGGCCUUGGCAGAGAUCACGGAAAUGGUGGCCCAGCUUCACGGUACGAUGAUCAAGAUGGAGAAUUUCCAGAAGCUGCAUGAACUCAAGAAGGAUUUGAUUGGCAUCGACAAUCUUGUGGUCCCGGGGCGGGAGUUCAUCCGCCUGGGAAGCCUCAGCAAGCUCUCGGGGAAGGGGCUGCAGCAGCGCAUGUUUUUCCUGUUCAACGACGUGCUGCUGUACACGAGCAGGGGGCUGACGGCCUCCAAUCAGUUCAAAGUCCACGGGCAGCUCCCCCUCUAUGGCAUGACGAUCGAGAAGACGGAAGACGAGUGGGGUGUCCCCCACUGCCUCACCCUCCGCGGCCAGCGGCAGUCCAUCAUCGUGGCCGCCAGUUCUCGGUCCGAGAUGGAGAAGUGGGUGGAGGACAUCGAGAUGGCCAUCGACCUGGCGGAGAAGAGCAGCGGCCCCACCCCCGAAUUCCUCGCUGGCAGCCCCCCUGACAACAAGUCCCCCGAGGAGGCGGGGGUGGCUGACCAGGAGUCGGAGGACGACCUGAGCGCCUCGCGCACGUCGCUGGAGCGCCAGGCCCCGCACCGCGGCAACACCAUGGUGCACGUGUGCUGGCACCGCAACACCAGCGUCUCCAUGGUGGACUUCAGCGUGGCCGUGGAGAAUCAGCUGUCGGGAAACCUGCUGAGGAAAUUCAAAAACAGCAACGGGUGGCAGAAGCUGUGGGUGGUGUUCACCAACUUCUGCCUGUUCUUCUACAAGUCGCACCAGGACAAUCACCCCCUCGCCAGCCUGCCUCUGCUCGGGUACUCGCUCACCAUUCCCUCGGAGUCGGAGGAGAUCCACAAAGAUUACGUGUUCAAGCUGCAUUUCAAGUCCCACGUGUACUACUUCAGGGCCGAGAGCGAAUACACCUUCGAGAGGUGGAUGGAGGUGAUCCGAAGUGCCACCAGCUCGGCCACCCGGGCCCACAUGCUGAGUCACAAAGAGUCGCACGGGUACUGAUGGCGGGACGCACGGCACGGGCGCGGCGGCUUUCCCGGGAGACGUGGCCUGCCUUCUGUGUGACCACGGCCUAGCCUAGUAAAAUGACCGCCUGUCCGGGCUCCACAGCCACGCGCGCCCGUCUCCGCAGAACGUGUUCUCACCUUGUCUGUCCCGCUGUUCCCGCCGCCUCUGAAGGAACCGUGCUCCCCCCGCCGUGCUGGCGGCGUCCGGCCGUCGCCCCGCGGCCGGCUGUUUUUAGCUUGUGCCAGUGUUAAAACGUGGUCCUCGAUCUAGUGCCAAAUGACAGCGGCUCCUCCCCGGCUGCCCCCGGAGCCUGCAGACACGUCCGUUCACCCGAGACACAGGGCAAGUGCUCCCUUUUUCUUAAAGAGACUCCUAUUUUCAUUUAUAGGCUGCUGCGUUUUAAAAACUGGACUUUGCAGUGUUGGCAAUGCACCUGGCACAGUCUUAACGCAACUGAGAUCAUUUUCAGAUUUCGUUUUUUUCAAUCUUUCUACUUUUAUAAUACUAGGUUAGUGGGACUGACUUCCUUGACGAAUAAGCAAUCUGCAGCCCCGACACUCCACUUUGGGGUUUGGUGUUCCCACCCAACGCUGGUGACAGCCCUACUUCUUGGUGCAAGUUGACCAAAUGUGUUGCCGUGAUUCCUAUUUGCAAACUGUAGCGGGCGGUUUUCUGUGCAGAGAAGCGAAGUCCAGGGCCACGGGGGGCCGCCGCCGUGCCGUGCGUGGUGUAGACAGUGGGACGAUAUUGAGCUGUGGUGUGUUGCUGUCUGUUUCACAAGCAUGAAAUCCUGUAUGUCAGUAAUCAGGGCCAUUUGUGGUGUUUCGUUCCAGGGAGUAGUUGUGAGCCGACCGAGGCGUGCGGGCGCCCGCGGCCGCGGCUCGACACGGCUCGUUCAAUAGUAGUGUAUAUCGUGCCUGUUCAGAGCUACCUUCCUCUCUCCUGUAAACUCAUUCCUCCGUGCAUGGGGUUGCACAUCGUGGCCGCCGGCUCCGCAGGGGACACGGUUUCUAGGACCUGCAGGGCCCAGGACUCCAAGGCCACCUGCCCCCGGUGACCGGGCGGCUGCCGCGCCCUUCCUGCCCGAGGCCCCUCCGAGGGGCGGCCGGCCCCGCGGUCCUCUUGCAGUGCCCGGGGCCUCGGGUGGGAAGGCCUGGCCCCGACGGCUGUGGAGCUGUGGCUGGUGACCAUGGAAACAGUGUACAAAUGGACCAGUAGCUUGAGAUGUGUUAAUCAUUUGCCUUACAACAUGUACCAGAUGGUUUUAAGUACUAACAAAAGGGAAUAAAAAUACCUCACGCCACAAUCCAGCAUAUUGAAGUUUAAAGGCAAAACAAGCCACCUUGUCUCCUGUCUUUCUUU